GCCAAGUUUACAUUCAAAAGCGAUUUAGUAGCGUAAUUGAAUAUUCCUAGAAGCUCCCGUACAGUCUGAAAUGUCGGAACUUCCUCGCUUUUGUGCCGCUGCGGGCAUCAAAGACCCAAGACUGCUUUUUAUCGGUGGGGGAAACAUGGCUGAAGCGCUGGUGAACGGAAGCAUUACUUCAGGUUUUGCAGCUCGGAACGAGAUCGCUAUUAGCUGCCGCUCAAACGCUACGCUGGACAAAUGGAAGAAUCAAGGAUUUGAAGAUGUUUACACUUCCACUGCUGAAAUGAUUAGAACAUUUCCGCAUGGAAUCAUUGUCUUGGCAGUCAAACCUCAGGGUCGUCAUGAAGUAAUCGACUCGUUGACAUCGGAAAAUGUUGAACUAAAACGAUGUCCAUUAGUCAUCUCGAUCUUGGCCGGUGUAGAUGAGAGGCUUUUGAAAAAAGAGCUCGGCGCAGUUGGAUACGAAGGUCCAGUUAUACGGUUAUUUCCGAACACUGCUGUCGCGAUAGGCAAUGGUGCGUCAAUUUUAUGCGCUGAUUCGGAUGUCAGUGAAGAAAUGAUCACAUUGGUGAAAAGUUUUGCUUCCAAAGUUGGUCUCUGUUUACGAGUUGAUUCAAAGAAUUUCAAUGCAUAUGGAGCCAUAUCCGCUUCCGCCCCUGCAUGGGUAUACAUGUUCAUCGAAUCUCUAGCUGAUGGUGGAGUAUUCGCUGGAUGUUCACGAGAAACUGCGAUGAAACUAGCUGCACAAACCGUUAUGGGAGCUGCUGAGAUGGUUCUCGAGAGUAACGAACAUCCUGCUGCUCUGAAAGACAAAGUCUGUUCGCCAGGCGGAACAACGAUAGCCGGCCUCAGAGAACUGGAAAAAUCAGGUUUUCGAUCCGCUGUCAUUGAAGCCGUGAGAGCAGCAACUGAUCGUGCUAAUAAUAUGCACUGAGCAUCAUAUCGAAGCGAUCUCAACUACAAGAUAUCUCAAGUACUAACAAAAGGGUAUGGAUUUGGCUUACGUCUGUCCGAAUUAGUCUCUCCCAUGAUAUUUUUCCAUACUAAAAUUGUACUCAGCUCUGGUUUUUUUUUCCAUUUUUAUCAACGUUGCUGGUCAUCACUAUGCACUCCUGAUGAGAAAGUUUUAUACCUGUG